CUCAUCGCCUGGACUAAAGUGGAGCUGUGUACAGUGAAGUGACAACACAGCAAUGCGGACGAAGAGAGGCUGAAACGAUUGGGAAUAGUCCGGCUUUCUGUAACAUCUCGGGUGUUUCUGAGCUUCCUCUGAUUGUAAAGUAUAACGAAGCGGAUAUUUCGUCUUCAGGAAGACGUAGAAGAGGACAUUAGCUGUCUGAAAAGCCAAACCGGGGCGGAUAUUUCCCGAGGAAAACCUGAAACCACAUCCGUAUUCCCAGCCCUGCGGUCGUGUGGAAUACUCAACUAAAAUAAUGGUUGCCUGAGUAUUUUUAUACACUCUUGCAUAUAUUUUUUUGCCAGCAUCGCUUGCAAUUUUUUUUUUACAGUGCCGCUAUGGUGGACUCCCCCACUAAGAGGAAGACUUUUGUGGUCCCAGACAUAAAGCCAUUGGAUUUGUAUGACUGCAGUAAAUCAAAAAUAUGCGCAAGUGUAGGAUGGCUGCUGGCGAAGUCCUACGGGAGUUCAGAAAAUGUCCCUGCAGAGCUGCGUGACCCCUUCUACUGUGACCAGUAUGAACAGGAGCAUCUUAAACCUCCAGUCACACGCCUGCUGCAGUCCUCAGAGUUGUACUGUCGGACCUACAGCAUCGUAAUGGGGAGUACUGGAUCGGAGGCACAGCCCAAAGACAACGUCGCCCUGCUGCAGAUCCUCACCCAGAGAGGCGUAGUCGCCAAAGAUCAAGGAUCCUCAGUGACUGAGACAGACCUGCGACAUAAACCCAUCAAAAUGAGUGCCCAUCUUGCAGUGAUGGAUGCCUUGAUGGCGGUGGGAGCCAUGGGAACUGUGACUGCAGUGAAGAUGUGUGGCUCUGCUGAAUUACUGGAUGGAGCUGCUCGUUGGGAGGAUGCUCUGCUUCGCUGGGUUAACGUGUUAAACCAGAAGCUGCGAGAUCGUACUGAAGGAGCUCAGACUGACUCGUCUCAAGCAACAACAGAACCCCAACCUGUUGAGCCUUCUUGUCCUACACGCUGGUAUUGGAAACUUGUUCCUCUCCGCUACAGGAAGGAUAAAAUUCAGUCCAAAGUGAAACCAAUCUUUCCAGAGGUGAAUGAAGUUAAAGAUCUCUCCAGUGGUUGUGCUGUUGCUGCUGUCAUACAUUACUAUUGCCCUGGACUACUAAGGCUUGAAGAUGUUUGUAUGAAGGACUCCAUGUCGGUAUCAGACAGCCUGUACAACCUGCAGUUCAUCAGAGAAUUUUGUGACAGCUGUUUGAAGGGCUGCUGUCACUUGGCACUUGAAGAUAUGCUAUACACACCACAAGAGCUUCAGCUCAAUUUUCUGAGUUUCCUGUCUGAACUGCUUUACUGGUUCGAAGUACAAAGGCCAGAAUUUGUUCAGCCAAUAGAUGAAUCCACACCAGUGACACAAAGUAACACCAGUGGUAACAGUACUUCUCCUUCCAUCUUCAAGAAACCCUUUCUCCCCAUUUCUUCUUCUGCAUCAGGACCUUUGACUCAGUCUACCUCAAUGUCUCAUAUAGAAGGAGUUGGAAAGACAUGGAGCAAGAAACCUCUCAGUCGGCCCUUGUCAGCAGUAUCCUUCAGCAUCCCUUUUGGCCUUGACAGUGAUGUUGAUAUAGUGAUGGGCAACCCUGUAAUAACCCGCUCUAUGAGCUCAGAUCAACUCAACCCAGCAGGCCAAAACAUUAAUCAGCCCUACACUACUCCUGAAGACAUUAGCCAUUUGGUUGGUAAGGCCCCUGGACCAAACGGUCCUCAGAGAGCAUCAUGGGCCACACAGACUCCCGUUAUUCCAAGGCUGGCUGAGGAGAACGGACUUGAGACAAAUGAAACUGGAGAGCUGCCCACCAUUGAAGAGGCUCUCCAAAUAAUUCACAAUGAAGGCAAGAUGGAACCUAGAUUACAUCCUGAUGGUGCUCCUGAUGGCUUCUACCUCCACUCACCUGAUGAUUCUGCAAGUUCUAGAUAUGAUGGCAACAUGACUCCCAUAAGCUGCUCUGCCCCUACGCACUCAGGAAUGAUGUACCAGCCUAAAGAGUCCACCAGGGAGCCAGCUCGCACCAGAAACACCUCAGGAUGUUCACGGGAUGAUGACUCAGUCUUGAGAGAUGGCAGUUUAGAUUCAGAUGCCUUAGAGGACCUGCCAAAGGCCCAGUCGACUCCAAACACACCAGCAGUCCAUGCAAACUCUUCCAUUGGCUAUGCUAAGAAUUCACCUGACAGUGGGGUGAGGAUGACCAGCUUUGCAGAACGCAAAAAGAAACAGAGCCUGGAUUCUCCUAAAGGUAGCGACCCAUCUUCUCCUCAGAUGACCUCUUGGGCACAAAAGUCUGAAGAAAGCCCGAGCAAGAGCCCACAACUAAAUAAUGAGAUGACUGAACUGGGAGUUCGGCUUGAAGAAAAAAGAAAAGCCAUUGAAGCCCAGAAAAAACGUAUUGAGGCCAUUUUUGCAAAGCAUCGUCAAAGACUGGGGAAGAGUGCUUUUCUACAGUUGAAAAAAGAGCAGAAUGAUGUUGACUCUGAGGAGAAAGGAGAAGAAGAUCUUUCACGUUUGACUUUGGAGGAAAGACUUGCUCGAAUGGAAGAGGAAGGGGAGGAACAAGAUCAACAGCGCCUCUUUGUGGAGGAUGAUAUAAGUGGUAGAGGAGGACAUGUGCUCAUCAAAGAGGCCAGUCAGACACCUGGUGAAAAAACGGUAGCCCCUUUAGGGGAUUAUAACAAUGCUGUGUCCAAGUUAACUGCAGCAUUGUCCUCCCUGCAAACUGACAUGCAGCGACUGAGUGAACAGCAGAAUCAACUUAUCAAGAAGAAACCUGCAGCAUCCACGAACAAAUCCUGGGUUAUUCCAGCCGACCCUAAUCCUUCCAACUCAGCUCCUGCUUCACGCAUCUCACGAGAAUCCACCCGAGGUUUUAAUUUAGCGUCCUCUUCUCCCUCACCAUCACGCAAAAUGGCAAACCCUUCUGCUCCUCCUAAAUCUCCUAAAGUUCAUCGAAGAGCUCAGUCUGUACCCCCUAAAAGUCCAAAACACAGUCGCCAAAUGGACCCAAAAUUCCCAAAAGAUUCAAGGGUUCUCAACCCACCUCAGAAUGUGGACCGUAUCCCCCAUCUUCGUCGAGUAAAUCAUUUGCAGUCCCAGGUUCGGACUUCAUCCACCUUCUCUAUAGGUGACUCUGAUAGCCUGGAUGAGCUACGUUCAUUUGGGCCGACUCCUGUCCCCACACCUUCGUUGACUCCUAUACCAACUCCACCUCCUCAUCCUGCAGCAGAUGACGCCCUAUCAGAAGUAGGCUCCAAUGAUGGACAGAGUAUUUUUUGCAUGGACAUGGAGGCAGGACGCUCACACAGUCCCCUGGUAAAGAAGGAAGGGCUUGCUAGUGCAGGAUGCAGCUCUGGUGCCCCUUCAGAGUGCUCCUUCGAGAGUGAAGCCCCAGCUGGAAUGUCCAAUGGCAAACGUAGCAGUUUAAUUGAGAUCCCACUCUCUGCCUUGGGACCAGAGGGGGAAGAGGAUGACGAAGUGCCUGAUACAUUAUCAGAUUCAAUGAGUGAUCGAAUGGAGCCAGAAUCGAAGGCAGGAGUUGGUUUCUUUUUCAAGGAUGACAGGGAUCGAACAGAGGAUGAGAUGGCACAGCGAAGAGCAGCUCUUCUUGAGAAGCAGCAAAGGAGAACUGAAGAGCUGAAGAGACGCAAACUUGAGCAAGAGAAGGAAAAAGAAUCAAACAAGCCCCAGUGGAUGAUCAUUGAAGGCUGGGGCAAGAAUGAAGAAACAUCCCAGACCCCAGGCACCCCUCCGGCAUCACGUACCCCACCAGCAGAAGUCACUCCCCAGCGCAGAGGAGACUUCACCAGGCAGGAGUAUGAGAGACGACAGCAACUCAAGAUUAUGGAAGAUCUGGACAAAGUGCUGAGGAAGAAACCUACAACAGUCCGUGAUGUGAAGAAACAGAGACCUAAGACAGUUUUCAGAGAUGACUCAGUUUUGUCCAAUAGUCCCGUCAAGGGAAACAGGCUGAACAAAGGGAACUUCCACUCAAUGAUGAACCUGUCCUCUAUGGCUAAUGACUCUGGAGGGCUGACUGUCAGGAAAUCUCCAAGCCGAUCACACUCUCCCUCUCGGUCACGGCUAAUGUCACCAGGGCGAAGGAGUGCCCAGAAUGGGGAAAAAGACUGGGAAAAUGGAUCCACCAUUUCCUCCCCAGCUUCCAUUCCAGAAUAUACAGGACCAAAGCUAUACAAGGAACCGAGCUUUAAGUCCAACAAGUUCAUCAUCCAUAAUGCUAUCACUCGCUGCUGCCUGGCUGGCAAGGUUAAUGAACCACAAAAAAACAAGAUCGUCGAGGAAAUGGAAAAAAGCGCAGCCAACCAUUUCCUAAUCCUCUUCCGAGAUGCCAGCUGCCAAUUCAGAGCAGUUUACACCAUGAACCCUGAAACCGAGGACAUGGACCGGCUGACUGGCAUUGGCCCACGUAACAUCAAACCUGAGAUGGUGGAGUCCAUUUACAAGUAUAGCUCUGACCGUAAACAGUUCACUGUCAUCCCGUCCAAAACCAUGUCAAUGAGUGUUGAUGCCUUCACCAUUCCUAACCACUUUUGGCAGAAGCGCCCAGGAACACCUAAAAAGUUGAAUACCCCAAAUUAAAGACUCGCCUAUGGUUGGGAAAGAUGCUAUUUUCAGGAAAUAUAAGUUGACUUAUUCUUCCUUUUUGGUUCCCUGGCUAGUGUGGAGUGUCAGAUCGUUCUGUUGGGGGGAAAAAUGGAACGACUGCUCAGGUAUUUUUCCCGUUAUCAGCUUGGACCCUGAGAACCGAACUAGUGACUUGCCAAGAGAAUGAGUCAAUCCCUCUUUAAAUCGGCCACUCGAGCUAAAAGAGUUUAUCUCCAGAGCUUCUGACAUGUUCUGAAUGAUCCACUCAGAUUGUAAAAUGUAAUGGGCCAAAUUUAAUUUGGACAAAAAAAACAACAGUUUUCCUUUUUCUCCUCAUGCCUUGCCUUACCUUGCCAUGUCCGAGUCUUGUUUUAUGACUCGAAAAGGGAGGGGAGGGGAGAAUUACACUGCCUUUGCCCGCACAACAGUAUUUUGGGUACAAGCAGCUCCCACCCCUCAAUGUUUUGGUUUGGUUUCCUUUCGCUGCCUUUUCUUCUUCCAGGGCUCCGUUUCCCUCCAGUAUACUGAGACACAUGGCUCAGCUCUCUACUCUGAUUGGAAACGAAGGCUGAAAUGUAUAGGCAGUUAACGCUGCUCUCAUAUGAAUGUAGGGCACACGCUAGCCGCUCCUAGUCAGGACCAGAAAAUACCGUAGAUAUACCAGAGGCUACUUUCACUGCAGAUUGCUUUACACAUUCGAAACUGCCUGUGCCCCAUAUUUUCUGCACUCCACUCCUUCAGCUGUAGACAUCUGGAUGUUUUUUUUAAUACUUUUUGACAUGUGUUUUGCUAGCAACUGAUUGAGUCUUUGAGAGCUAAAAGAAGAAUGAAAUUUCCUGUGAUUUUUCUGUUUAUUGGUUGUUUUCAUGGAAAUAAUGGUUUGAGCUUGUCUUGCGAGCUCCGGGGGGGACAAAGAUGAAGGAGAGCUUCGUCAUGUUUAUCAAUACUUGGAUAAAGCUCUGUAUGACAAUGAUAAUCAAUCUUGAUUUAAUAUAUACUGAAUGCUGAAUACUUUCUUUUUUUGAUGAUGAUUUGUAAAAAUUAAGUUGACCUUUGUGAGCUACAAAUAAGCUAGCCUGCUGCUUAAGCAUUAAUGAGAUGUAUGUUUGAGAUGACAGUGAGUGAAUGAGAACGAAUUUGAAUUGUUCAAUAGCUGAAGUUCCUGAUACUGUUUUAGGAUAAAUAAAUUGUGUAGGUCACUGAGCUUGUUUCCUAAUGCAUUAUUCCCUGUUUAUAUGUCCGGGCAUAUAAACAGUAGGUUUCUUAACGAAGGAUCAUUCUGGACUGUAACAGCCCUCGUCUACCCCACAGUCUCUUGAGACUCCUUCAUGUACAACUGGUGAAUGUAAAAUGCCAAAAGCUUUUUUUUUUUUUUUUCUUUUCUCAGUGCUAGUUAAAAAAAUGACUCCAGAAUUUCUUGAUUAAUUCAAUACUGGCAGAAAAUCUUGAAAAUUAGCUCUUUCUUUGCAGUCUUGCUGCAUUAUUACAGUUGCCACAAUGCAGCUACCUUCUUCACAGAAUGCCUCCGUGUAAUGUGUUGUUUGAAGGGGACUCCUAUGGAUGCAAUGUUGAAACCAUAAAUAAGAAAUAAACUGUUGAUUAAGUAAGUAUGUGUGUGGGGGAUUACGUGUAGAUUUAAUAAAUGUUUGUAUUUAUGUGCUUGUAAAGCUUCAUAUGUGGUAGUGAAGACUAUACUUUGAUUCUGUGCAAUUCUCCCUAAAACUCAUCAUCCAGAGGUAUAUUUAUUUCCAUUUGAAUUAUUUGACAAAUUUAUUUUUUAGUUUGAGGUUCUCUGUCCUUUUCUCUCCAUUUCUUUUCUGUUUCUUUUUUUUUUAAAUGAAGGUUAUACUGUAUGUCAAAUUGCCAUUUCAGAAAAGAUGUCAUAAGUUUGUUUUUUUUCUUCUGUUUUCUUAUUUGCCAGUACAUUUUGUAUGUUCAUUUCAUUAAGUGACUCCUUGACAACUGGACCAGAAAAAUAAAAUCCUUUUUAAAUCAUC